AUGGCUUUGGUGCCUACCUGUUGGAUUCGUGAUUCGAGCAAUCCGGUUCAUGUUUUUCUCGAAAAAUUGUUUCAGGACGGUACCAUUGAAGGUACUACUCAAUCUAAAACUAUCUACGACGCACAUGAAAUCUUUAAACCAUUCUCGUUGGGUGUAUUUCGUAAUGUGUUCAACGAAUUGAAAAGCUCAAAUGGUCUGUUAUUGCGGAAGCGACAAGCUGAAGUGACUGCCUCAAAUGAGUCUAGCAGCAGCAGUAGAGGUUUAACAAAAGUUGCCAAGUUAGACGAAGAAGAAGGUGCUACUGCUUUUAUGAAUCUUGACUCGAGGUUUAAUAAUAAUACUCAACCAAUCGUCGUCUCUGUUUACAAAGACCAUGUAACAGAGCAAGAAAAAGUCAUCAUCCUCUGCGUCCUCCCAAACGGGGCCGACGAAAUUCGUUUUCGUUUAAUUGGUUCCGGACCUGGGACAAUGUUUGCGGUUAUAGAAUACGCUUGGACCCCCAUAGCCUAUGAAAUAGAGGCGUUAUUCGGAGAUGAAAUUAAAAAAGCAGAGAUGGCAACUUGUGAUCCCAAAAUUCUGGCUUUGAAAGAUGAUCUGAAGUUUACUCGACAGCACAAAGCUCAAGCUCCCAAAGGCUCCAUCGAGAUCAACCUUCCCAUCCCAGUCCAAACAGCAGCGAACACCAUUAAGCGUGAAGGAAAGACGAGGAAAGAUGGCAGCCAGGCCAUUCUUGUUGAAUUAAUUGCCUACCAAUUCCGCUACACAGUAAAACGAGAAGACGAAAAAAUUGUGUUCAAAACAUCAGAUGUUUGCUUCCCUUCUUGA